CUAGCCCAACCUGCUAUACCAUCCCUUUCCUCAUCAUUUGCAAUUCAGCAUUCGUAUCAUCUUAGCUUCGAUUCUCAAGCUGGAACUUGCCGCGUCGUUCUUGCAGGUCGCGCUCAAACGCUUGCAACUCUGCCGACCUCGAUCUUCGCAAGCACGAGCACACGAGGGAAGAACCCUAUCAAUCGAUUUCGUGAACGGCACGGACCGACCAACUUUAUUAUACCAACACAGCCCCCUGCAAUCAAUCUUGAUUUCCUCUUGACUGCCGUACCCCUUUCAUUCCGCCCUCAGGAUGAAAUCGCUUCGCCGUUCCCUCAACUCAGACAAGUCCAACAAGGAUCAAGGUCAUUCCGUCACCGGACCUCUCCCUACCCCUCUUUCCGCACCCAUCAUGGGAGGCUACGGCGAUCCGACGCUAUCUCGACCAUCAGCCAAGGUCGCACCGCCUCAAAAGGUCAUCAAGGCUACGCAUAGCUAUCAGAGCACCGUCCCCCAGAUCUUGAGUUAUCAGAAAGGGGACUUUUACUACGUCACGGAUGAAUACCCGGGAGAUUCUGUACAGCCGGAAGGAUGGUACGGGGCACUGAAUCCUCUAAGCAACUCGAGAGGUCGCGUGCCGAAAGCUCAUUUCGAAGAGUUCAAGAAGGGAGGACGGACAGGCCAUACGGCCAACGGUUCCAUCGACAACUCUCGACCUCAAUCCCCUAAUACCUUUACCCCUUAUGCCAUGUCCCGCCAACCCUCCCAAGCUCCCAGUUUGCGUUCGAACGGUUCAUCAGCUCCCUCGGGUGGAUAUUCGCAAGGUCACCAGCGUCAACAAUCGAUCGGGAUGCAAUAUCAGGGGUAUAGCGGGGCGUCGGUCACGUCGGGAAGUGCGAGCUCGUCUUCUGGUGCAGGAGGGGAGAAAAAGGGUCAACCGCUGUAUGCAAUCGUGCAGUAUGAUUUUGCUGCUGAACGGCCGGACGAGUUGAAUGCGAGGGCAGGGGAGCCGAUCAUCGUUAUCGCUCAGAGUAAUCACGAGUGGUUCGUGGCCAAACCUAUCGGUCGCCUAGGCGGACCGGGACUCAUCCCCGUGUCCUUUGUCGAGAUUCGAGACCCCGUGACGUCCCGUCCGAUCGAAAACGUGGCCGAACUCUUACAACAAGGUAGCGUACCCCAAGUCGACGCUUGGAAAAAGGCAGCCGAGGAUUACAAGGCGGCGAGCAUCCCACUGGGAUCGUUCGAUUAUCCUCAAUCUGGUCAGGGUCGACAUCAGGCGGACGGGUCUGAUCGGGGUAGUUUCUCCCGAGGAACACCGGAGAGGAAGGAGAGCGCGGACGAGGGUGCCAAGACGGACGUUCAGUUGAGGGACGGGGAGAUCAUCUCGACGCACGUCAAGUCGUUCCACUACGAGGCGGAAGCGUAUUGGUUCAGGAUCAACGCGCUCUUCCUGCCUGACGACCCGGACGCACAGGCCGUCUCGCUCGUACUCUACCGGCUGUAUGAGGAUUUCUACAACUUCCAAAUCACCCUGCUUGACCUUUUCCCCAAAGAAGCCGGGCGGGGAGGAUCGAGGGAUAGUUACCAAAGCGGUACUGCACCGGCAGAGAGGAUCUUGCCGUACAUGCCUGGACCGCUCGAGCAGGUCGAUGUCGAUAUCACCAAUACGAGACGAGAAGAUUUGGACACGUACCUGAGGGAACUGUUGGCACUGCGGAACAUGAACGCCGAGUACAUCUUACGGCACGAACACGUACUCGGAUUCUUUUCCCCCGGUCCUGGUGACAUGAUGGAGAACAUCUCCAGGAGGCAAGCGGAUACGAUGGCCGCCGAGGUCGCAGCGACCCAAGCAGCCGACGCCGAGAAUUACAGACAGAACGCUCAAUCGGACGUUCAUGGUAGUGGUGGAGCCGAUCGACGGUCAGGCGAGUUGGAAGAUCGGUUAGGCGACCUCCACGUCGGUUCGAGGAACAGCUCGAGCACGGGUCGAGGGUCUCCGAUCACCCCGAGUGAACAAGCGUUCUUUGGCAAUGGGAACGCCAGGACGAGCAUGAACGGCUCAGGGUCGGGUUCGGGGUCUGGACACGUCCCGCUCCGCAGUUCGAGGUUGUCUUCCAACGCUUCGGCACAACAUCUGGCGAGAGGGGGAUCGCCCGCAUCGUCGAACGGGCCUGGAGGUGUAGCGUCGCCGCCUACGGGGACGAGGGGCUUGCCCUCGCCCUUCUCACCGGGGAUGGCUACCGGUUCGACAGCCUCCUCGUUCGGAUCCGGGUCGGCCAUACCAGGUGGCGGACGACUGAGCGGUAACCCGAAUCACAACGGUGGAAAUGUCCCGCUGCCUCACCAAACGUCAUCCCCUGCAAGCGGGACGAGUACCGCCGCUGCCAACGGCCCGGCGUUCAUCAAGAUCAAGAUCCUCGAUCGGAAUACGGACGACAUGAUCGCCAUCCGAGUCCCACCUCGGGUGACGUACGACCAGCUGGUCGACAAGGUCAGGGACCGUCUCGUCGCCCAGGUAUCACGGUUGCAGUACCGGAAUGCGGCUGGCGGGGAGGAGUUUUCGGACGUGUUGGACGAUCGGACGUUGAGAGAGUGGUUGGACCGGGAAGACAAAUUGGUGCUUUACGCCGAGUAGUCGUCGGCCUGCUCGGAUUCAAAUUGCCCGAGUCGAGCCUUUGGUCGGGACGGCUCUCUUUUCUGCGCCAGGAUGGCGUCCACCUCUUUCUCUCUUCGUAUUUUCGUUUCACCCUUCAAUUUCGAACGUGGUCAUCGUAUCAUUCGCUCUUUGUUCCGUCAUGUGUUUAUCGUCUCGUCAAGUUUGUGUUGUAUCUAGGCAUUGCCAUUCCGCCAACGAUCGUGAAACAUCUUGCCGCUGAUUGCCGUCGUCGAGGUUGAUGGAUGGUGGCGAUUACCCGAUUGGGGUUUUAGGUACCGGGCAGACGGUUUACGACGAGUCUCGGGUCAAAGAUCUCUCUGCCCUCGGAG